GCUGGACUUCAUGGUGGAGGAGUAUGCUGGCAGUAAGGGCAGGUUCCCUACAGUGAAGAGAAGGGGCAAGUUGUACAUCGGCACCAUAGAGAAGGCCCACAGCCUGGUCAACUCCCUCAGAGGCCAUCAGACUGGACAAUGUGGGGCUGGUGGUUGUUGACGAGGUUCUUGGAAAGUGGGGCAGAAGCAAUUGACGCAUGCACCUGGCACCAACCGUUGAUCUGGCAUCCCCUGGGAAGAAGGUGUGGCUUGGAGAGUCUAGUUCUGCCUAUGGAGGCGGGGCUAAGGGGCUGUCUGACACAUUUGUCGCUGGAUUCAUUACAAGCUACAAAAGUGGAGCAGUCACAUUGUUUGCUCUGAACCUGAGUAAGAGCCCUGUGAGGAUUGCUGUGCUUGCCAUGGUCCCUAAAAGCCCUGUAGAGGCCUUCGUUCUUCAGUCUGAACAGCCUGGCGAGGAGGGACUCUACUCGAAGUCUGUGAAACUCAACAGAGAGGUGUUGAAGAUGGUGGAUGAUCGAACUCUUCCAUCACUCCAGGGAACUCCUCUUGCUGCAGGAGAACAUCUCAGACUCCCUGGUUAUUCCUUUGCCUAAUAUCUCCUCAGUGAGGCCCAGGCACUGGCCUGCCGAUGACCCCAACUGGAGAGGAGGACUUGAGAAGAUGGAUGUAUAUUCACUGUCUAGACUAACAGGGAAACACUUGACUAUUACUCUAAACACUGCUGUAUGUUUUUGCCAAAGAAUGUUAAAAAGGUGAAUGUGGUAAAAUGAUUCAAUAUAUAUAUUUUAAAUAACUUUGUUUUCAGCUACAGAGCCAGUCAAACAUUUCUUCAAGACUAUUGGAAAAUCAUUCCAGGUGAAGCUGGUUGAGAGAAUGCCAAGCGUGUGCAAAGCUCUCAUCAAGGCAAAAUGUGGCUAUUUUGAAGAUUCUCAAAUCUAAAAUAUAUUUUGAUUUGUUUAACAAUUCUUUGGUUACUACAUGAUUCCGUAUCAGUUAUUUCAUAGUUUUGAUGUCUUCACUAUUAUUCUACAAUGUAGAAAAUAGUAAAUAUAAAGAAAAACCCUUGAAUGAGUAGGUGUGUCCAAACUUGUUCUAUACAUAUAUAAUAUAUAUAUAUUUCAGUUGAAGUCGGGAUGUUUACAUACACUUAGGUUAGAGUCAUUAAAACUAGUUUUUAACCACUCCACAAAUUUUGUGUAAACAAACUAUAGUUUUGGCAAGUCGGUUCGGAUAUCUACUUUGUGCAUGACGCAAGUAAUUUGUCCAAUUGUUUACAGACAAAUUAAAUCACUGUAUCACAAUUCCAGUGGUUCAGAAGUUUACAUACACUAAAUUGACUGUGUCUUUAAAUGGCAAAUAAAA